UGGCUUUUUAAUUAAGUUUAUUUUGAAUACUGAUUUAAAAAAUAACAAUUUUUAAAAAAAAACUAUGUAUUUAAUUGUAAUAUUUAAGCAUUUAUUGUUUUUAUUUAUUGUAAUGAUUACAUUAAAUUUGGACAUAAUUGGACCGCAAUAUUAUGGCAAAUAUUAUGAUAUACCCAUAGAUGAGGAUGAGUAUCAAUACUACCAUAACUGGCCUCAAGACAGUAAUCUCAUCAGAAAUCAGGACUUAAUAAUGUCUCGAUCUGUGAAAGUCGGAAAUCAAAUGGAUAUCAAUAAACUAUUUGAUGAUCUACUCAAUCCACACAAAUCGCUCAGUGAUGCCGAUAAGGAUAUACCGGUAGAACCGGGAACUAAUUCACGGGUAAACAGUUGUAACGAUAAGAGUUGUCUACAGUGUCUGGAUUCGUGUCGUUAUCUCAAAGAGUCGACUCUAUCAGAGAAUCUGAUUAUUCAAUACAUGUAUCUAAGGAUUUGUGCCAUCGGUUGUAAAUCACAACUGCAAUGUUUGGAUAAAAACUAUUGUUUGCCGAUAAUGAAAGAAAAUCCCAAUUAUUUUAUAUAUUGUAGUAACUCGUCGUGCAAUCCAUUUCAGAUUGUGCCAAAAGUAUUUAGGACUACAGCAUAUUGUGAAUAAUUAUUUUUUGAAUCACCAUGCUUAAUUUUUAAAUAAAACUACUGCAUAUGUAUAUAC